AGACUGUUAUUCUUUUUCUUGGUAUGUUCAAAUUGAUUUCUCGAGUGUUUCCUGAAAGAGUGACGCAGGGGAUUACGGCUGUUUAUUUCAAAGCUGGGGCUUUGUGGAACGUUGGAUUCGGCACUCACAGCAAAUCUGUGUCCAUUGCUCAGUCAGCCAUGAAGGUCCGGAUCAUUCCAGCAUUGUCUGAUAAUUACAUGUACUUGCUAAUGGAUCCAGCCACAAAAGAAGCUGCCAUUGUAGAUCCUGUUGAUCCAGGCGCAGUCAUGCUCGCAGUCAAUGAGGAAGAAGUGACUUUGUCAGCUGUGCUGACGACUCAUCAUCAUUGGGACCACGCCGGUGGUAAUGAACAUAUCGUGAAGCUUUGCAAAAAUCUGAAAGUAUACGGAGGUGAUGAUAGGAUCGGGGCUCUUUCCCACAAAGUGGGUGAUGGUGAUAAGUUUAAAGUUGGAUCGCUGGAAGUCAAAUGUUUACACACGCCAUGUCAUACCUCGGGUCACAUCUGCUAUUAUGUUACGUCGGAUGCUGAGGGUGACCAUGCACCUGUAGUUUUCACAGGUGAUACGCUAUUCAUUGCUGGUUGCGGAAGAUUUUUCGAAGGCACAGCCGAACAAAUGUGCUCAGCGUUCAAGAAAUUGUCCGAUCUACCGGAUAACACGAAGGUUUUCUGCGGUCACGAAUACAGCGUCAAGAACCUGGAGUUUAGUGAGACUGUUGAACCUGAAAAUUCGGACGUGAAGAAGAAGUUGGAAUGGGCUCGAGAUUGUCGCAAUAAUGAGAUUCCAACCGUACCAUCCACCAUUGGUGAUGAAAAGCUGAUCAAUCCAUUCAUGAGGGUGCAUGUCAGCUCAGUAUUGAAUCACUGCAACAAAACGGAUGCCGUGGAAGCAAUGGGCGUUUUGCGAGCGCAAAAAGAUAAAUUCUGAGCUUUUUUUUGCGAAAAAACGCGAGACUUUGAGAAUUGUGCAGCAAGAAGUAUAAUAGUGUUCUUUCUAAAGUGUUUGAUUUUCGUCUUUUUGUUCUCGUUUUACGCCCGUCUGUAAUAGAUUAAUGUGUGAUGUGAUCUAAAUGACUCAACCUCAAGUUUUUUCCCUCUUUUCUACUGCAACCUAUAAAUUCGUACGUUUCCGUACAUUCCAUUUCGACCGAUAUUUCGUACUCCGUAGUAUGAAAAAGUCGCGAAACUUCUUAAAAUAUAUCGGAUAAUUACUUGCGGUGAUUUCAAACAUUUUCUACUGCUUGAAUAGGGGGCGGAAGCAUUUUAAUUACUCCUGCGCUUAAAAUAAGCAAUUUUCGUGAGGUUGAAUAACUUGAAUUCGUGAUUCUUCUCAAGAAAUAUUGCAGUGUAUUUCGGGGUCGUUCGCUUUUCUUGAGCUUUGGUGGGGACAGAUGGGUUUUGGAUUAUUGUUAUUCGCAAAACGGAGAUGACCGAUUGUUUUUCUUUCGCACAGGUCAUUUUCUGUUUCUUCCUUUUUGAAAAUGAAGGACGGUUGUGAAUUCAUUUUCCUACAGUCAGCAAAUUGGCAAUUGAAAAUACAAGUGAGCAAGAACAUGAAUA